AGGAAGCUCUCUUAAUUUGACUCUCUGGUUCUCCUCUCCUUUGGUCGUCGCACCUUUCUUUUAUGUAUUAAUCUCGUUGCCGGUUUGCGUCGUUUUCUUCGUUGCAUUGUGAGUUGUCGCCACUGCUCCUCAGGAGAAACACAAGCUGAGCCUGACCUCCCUCCGCGGCCAACAGUUUCCCCCGUCAGAUAUCCCCAGCAGUCGCUUCAACUCACGAGCGCUCCUCCCUCUAUACCCAAGCCCCCUUCCAAGAACCUUCCCAAGAACAAGACUCCUCCAAGAACCCCUCCCGAGUCUCCCAAUUCCACAAUGGCUCCCUCUAUCAUGUCUCCCAUCACGGCCACCACGCCGGCUCCCCUCUCUCCGACGCUGCUUUCGGGUUCCCGUCGAGUCUCGGGUUUCCUAGACAGCGACAGCAUCUCGAACAAUGGCAUGUCUCGCUCGUUCACCUCCCGGAGGGUCUCCUCCCGGAAGUUCAACAACGAGACCUCGAACAUCUCCAACGUGGUCUACUCCCUCAAGCGUCGCAGCGGUGAUGAGCUGGGCACUUCUGCCUCGUCCAAGCUUCUCAACGCGACCCAUGCCUCGCUGCUGGAUUGGAUCCGUGCUCAGCGUAUGAGCAACCUGCCCCCAGAGGGAAGCAGCUAUGACAAGGUGCUUGCCUGGGCUCAGCUCUUUGUCGAAAGACUGCAUUCCUUUGAUCUGGCGAUCGAAGAGUUCGCUGGUGAUAGCUACCUUGCCGCUCAGCUGGCCUAUGGCUACUGUGCCAUCCUACUCGAGCUGGGCAAGGAGAAUGCCCCCGCGCUGACCACCUCCUUUGGUUUCUUUUACAGCACCUCCUUGAUGCUGGUCAACCUUCUGGAGCGCACGGAGCUUUUCAGUGUCUCCCAGGAGAUCCGGGAACAGCUGGUUCUGGCUCUGGCCGACCUGGUGACCCUCGUUGCCAGUGUUUCGACACACUUCCACCGGGCCAUCCGGGGAUUGACCACCGCGUCUGUCUCCAUUGACAUUCACAACACCUUCCCUGGUCAGAUCCAGACAUUCCGUGAGCGCUGUGUCAAGAUCGCCGAGUCGAUGUGGCGACACAAGCUUGUGAAGGAGAACCUUGAUGGCGAUCGAGUAUUCGAGGUCAAGGCGAUCAAAUCAUGGCUUGCUCCUGAGGAUCCCGUGCUGAGUAACGUCGCCGAGACGACCUCCCAUCUCGCUCACGAGCGGGCUGAGUUGACCUGUCUCUGGAUGGCGCCCUAUCUGACUCGUUUCCUCAAGGGUCAGAACAAGACCUUGACCAUUGGUGGCAAGCCCGGCUCUGGAAAGACCGUCUUGGCCUCGGUCAUCGUGGACCACCUGCAGCACCCCAUUGGCGGUGUCAUGUACAAGACACUGUUUAUCCCCGUCAAUGGCAGAAUCCCCGCAGAGACCACCCCUCGGGCCAUCGCCAAAGCCAUUCUGUACCAACUCUUUGAGAAGCGGAUUGGCAACAUCGGGCUGCUCCAGAUCCUGGGCGAUGCUUUCGAGCGCAGCAAGAAGGCUACCAACGACAACGACUACGACAACAUUCUUUGGAACGCUCUCGAGAAGGCGCUGGCCGCCGCUCUUAAGGGCGCCAAGGAGUUGGUCAUCGUCGUUGAUGGAGUAGAUGAGUCUACUUGCGGCGAAUCAGUGCUCCUCCAGAGACUCACUGGCGCUACUACGAAGGGCACCAACGUGAAGCUGAUUGUUCUUGGUGGCUCAAAGCCCCCGACUGCAGAGGGCCAGGUCCACGUUCCGAUCACCAAUGAUCUGAUCUUCGAUGAUAUCGCUUCCGUCGUCCGAGGCAACUUCGAGAACACCACCGUCUUCCCGACCAUGGAUGAGUUGGACCGCGAGACCAUCGUUGAUCGCAUCACCUCUGCUUCCAACGGCUCCUUCCUCUGGGCCAAGCUCGCAUCCAAGCGAGUCCGCCACGAAGACAGUGUCGAGAACCUGCGCAAGGCUGUUGACACCGUGGUGAACCAGAAGCUGACUAUUACGGACUUUGCUCUGCAUAUCCUCCAGACUCCGGAAGUGAAAGAAGAUGCCAAGCUGAUGCUCCUCUGGCUCGCCACAGCAGACCGUCCUCUUGGCCUCCGGGAGCUUGCCAUCUUGGCUUCUAUUCAAAAUGACAAGCAGGCUGUCGUCGAUCGUCAUAUCGACACACUGCACACUCUGAAGCCUCUGAAAUCUUUGGUCUUCCUUCAGGAUGGUCAGGUUUAUCUCCGCCAUGCGCUUGUCCGAACCGCCGUCUUGGAUGUGUUCUCCAAGGGCAAGCUGGUCCCGAACCUCAAGGACCGCCACGCGGAUCUUGCCACUAGGCUGUUGGUCUACAUCAAGAGCUCUGUCAUUCAGCCUAGCGAGCCUUCUUUGACUUCUCUUGACUUGCACGAUACUAAAAUUCUCGUAAACAAGCAUCCUUUGCUUGACUUUGCCAUUCGGUACUGGCCUGUGCACUUUAAGCAGACCUCUGUGUAUACCAGCGAGGGUGAAAUCCCCGCGGCCAAAUCAUUCUCGAAGGUGUUCCCGGUCUUGACCACAGUCUUCCUUCUUUCAAGCACCCUAUGGGAGAACCGGCCCACCCCCCAGCUGCUCUCUUACCAGACCACCAUCACCAAUCUCUGUCGCCAGGUCCUGACGACGAACCACGUGGUCACCCUCCAGUCCAUUAUCUCUUUGGCUCUGCUGUACCGCCGGCUUGAGUACUAUCCCGAGGCCAUUACCUUGUUCCACGAGGCCACCACGCUCAGCCGCACCUUGCUUACGACUCGUCACAUUGUGACGGUGCAGAUGGCCACCGCUUUCAUUGAACUGACCACGGAGAAGGUUACCAACACCAAGACCGAUGUCAUGAUCAAACGCGAAGAGAUUCUGAUCCUUCUGGUUGAAUGCUACAAGGCUCAAUACGGAACCACCAGCGAUAAUGUGGUGUCAACUUAUAAGCAGUUGGUCGAGCACUACCGCUUGAUCAAGGAAGAGACAAAGGCGCAGGAGAUCAUCAAGAUUGUUCGCACCAUUACCACCACCGAAUAUAGCUCCGAGUCCCAUGAUUCCCGCGGUAACCUCCACGUGCAUCUGAGAGGCCGUGGUCAGAGGGACAGUGAAGCCAGCGUUGGCCUUGCUCUGGACGUCGAGGAGCACGACGAGCUGAUCGAGCAGUCGGGCUCCUACGAGUUCGAAAGCUUGAUCAAGCGCGCCGAGAAAUACGUCGCCGAAGGCAAGCAUGAACUCGCCGAGCUCACUUACGUUGAGAUCUGGCAACAUGUGAGCAAGGAGUAUCGCGCCAACUACUCCUCUCUCUGGGAGGAACGGAAGAUGAAGGCCGCCCUUGCCUACACCAAGUUCCUGCAUUCUCAGAAGCGGGAGUUUGAGGCGUCUUCCGUCCUUUCUAGCCUUUGGCAGGAGUUUGAGCAGACCAGCAUGGCGAUUUCUGAAAGCUCCGUCUCGCACUUCCAGGAGGUCGCGAAGGUCAUGAAGACUGUCGGUCUGUCGACCUUGGCCUUGACCGUGUUCAAGCACUGCUCGCACUUCUAUCAAAGCACCAACCGUACCCAGACCUCCAGCUACAAGGAGGUUCAGCAGAGCAUCCAGAGCACUUCACGGGAGGUGAUGCAGUCCGCUAGCUCGUCCACCACCGUAACUUCGGAGUCCACUCUGGAGGAGAUGGUCUUUGAGGCCACGACUUCGACUACCACUGUGGACCAGACUUCCUUCAGCGCGACCCACAGCCUGGUUGAGCUGUACGUCUCGCAGCACCGCUGGCAGGACGCCACCCGUGUCAUCAAGAAGGUUCUCCACGGUGUCUGGCCUUCGCUGUUUGCUCCCUCGCUCCAGGACGUCACUCUUCCUGCCAAGCACGUCGACAGCUGCGUGGAGCUUGCCGAGCGCCUGAGCCGAUGCUACCACUCCCGCCGUCGUUUGACCAAGGAGGAGGACAUCCGGGUCCGAAUCUAUCGUGCGGUUCGAUCUGGUCGAAAGAUCGAUGACAAGCUGAGGGAGCGUGCCACCACGGAGCUCCUCCGCCUGUUCGAGAGAAACUCGCGGACGGACAACACCAUCAACCUUCGCCAGGAAUUGUUGAGCGACUACAUCCAGCACUACGGUGCGGAGCAUCCGAUUGUCAUCCAGACUCUUUGGAUUUUGGCCAAGCUGACCCGUCCUCGCCCCAUCUUCAUCGACUACUACCAGCACAUCAUCCGUGCCUUGAACAAGGACUCCCAAGUCUGCCAUCCUGAGGCUUUCGAGCCUCUCGUCAUUGUUGCGACUGAGCUCUGGAACCAAGGCCGCUACUCGGAUGCCCUGCAAUACUACAAGGUGAUCUUCACCACCUUCCUGAGCCAGCCCAAGCAGCUCCCGAAAUUGCAGGAUCAGACCUUUGUGCAAGAAUUCUUCAACCGCUACACCCACUGCCUGCGCAGCGUUCGUACCGAGUUCACUGUGCUUCACAAGAUCACUGUCGAAUUCCAGACCAAGGUCAAGGCUGUCUUCACCGCAACCGCCACCAUCUCCAUCCAAGCCACCUUGACCCUUGCCAAGCUGUGCCAGGAAUCCAAGCGCUAUGAGAUUGAGGCGAUCGCUCUGUACGAGGAGUUGCUCAAGACCAAGUCUGAGGAGCUCGACUACCAGGAGAUCUCCGCUACCUUGGAUGCGAUCUAUGAGGAGCAGGCUGCUGUUGUGACAUCCACCACGUCUGAGUCCGUCUCAACCUCCCAGGUGGAGCGGGCCGUCAAGGUCUUGCGCAAGCGCAUCACCUCGGUGCGUGAGACCCACGGCUGGGCCCACGAGGAGUCUCUUUCCAAGAUGAAGGAGAUCGUCACCUUCCACUCUCGCCACAACGAGACUGAGACCGUGACCCAGGAGCUAAAGGAGGCCACCGUUCAGAUCCUUUCGUCGGAGACCUCCUCCACCCGGUUGAUUGCCGCUGCCAGCACCAUUGCCUCCAGCUACAUCGAGACCAACCAGAUCCAGAAGGCCACCGAGUUGACUCAUGAGAUCUACCGCCAGAUCGUCAUGAAGGACACUGCCAACGCCAAAUCGGUGAAGUUUGAUCUCUCCUCCAAGGAGCGCCAGAGCCUCGUCUUCCUCGCCCAGCUGGAGUACAGCCUUCGUCGCAACACCUCCGUCACGAUCACUGAGAUCCUGGCCGCUCUGACCACGGAGUAUGUCUACUUCGAGGAGCUGAGAAGCCAGGUGACGGCCAAGAGCAGCAGCAUUCAGUCCGUGUCGGUGUCCGCUGCCCGUCUCUACCGUUUCCUGGUCUCCCACGAGCGCCACACGGCCGCCAGCCGCGUCUUCGACAUCACUCUGGAAUACUUCCAGAACACCGAAGCCAAGCGCGUCAAGCUGACGGAGACCUCCCAGGUCCGGGUUCUGGUCCACACUAUCCUGAGCUACUUCGGUAUCCACCAGACCCAGGACUUUGUCCGCUCGAUCGGUAUUGCAAGCAACCGCGGCGUUAUCGAGUUCCUCCAGGCCCAGAAGUACACUGAGGCCAGCGACCUUGCCCUCGCCGCCUUCAAGUAUAUCUCCGCCGACGAGGCCUACAACACUCCUUCGAUCGUCAAGUUCAUCUUCACUCUGGGUAUGAACAUCUCGGGCCGCAAUAUCAACCACCGGCCCGACGAAGCCAACCGCAAGAAGCUCCUGGCUGUGUCCGCCAUCAUCAUCCAGGAUUCCCUGCGGGUCAUCAACGCCCUGAGAAUCAACCUGGCCCAGGUCGACCUUGCGCACCUGAACAGCCUCAUCGGUCUGCUCGGCGAGCAACAAGACUACCAGACCCUCGCCUGGCUCCUCACCAUCCUGUGGAACAGCCGCGAGGCCCAGCGCCACUGGCAGCCAUCCGUCACCCUGGCCCUUGGCCGUCGCUACAUCAUGGCUCGCUACCUGGUCGGCGACUCGCUUGCUGCACUCCGUCUGGCUGAGGACAUCGUCUACAACACCCGUCGCGUGCACGGCGCCCGCCAUCCCAGCACGCUCGAGAUGUCCACCCUCCUUUCCCAGCUAUACACUAGCAUCGCGCAGCGCUACCAGUCCCUCAAGGACGGCCAGGCCAUGGCCAACCGAUACUACAAGAAGAGCGCCGCCGUGCAUGAGAACAUCCUGCGCGCCUUCAGCGACCCUACCGCCGAGGAAGGUCUGGACGGCAGCAUGAGCCUCGACGGCUCCGCGUACGAGCUGGACAUGAACGACGCGGCCAACGGCACCGUGCCCGAGGGCGAGCACGUCCGUCAGCACCUGCACCUGCUCAAGCUGUCUCUCGAGCGCUUGGGUGACUGGGCCAAGGACUACAGCGAGUACGAGCGUCUGAACGCAGACGUGUUUCGUGAAUUCCCUGAUGAGAUGAAGGGCAUCGAGGGCGUUGAGAAAUGGAACCUGAAGAACUUCGGCACCGGCAAGGCCGAGGCCAAGGAUGAUCUCUUGGAUCUGGAAUUCAAGACUUGGGAGCUUGUUGAUGCCCAGCAGGAGAUUGAGGAGGAACUGUAGGCUUUCCUGCUUUCAUCCUUCUAACAUAUAUCCACUUUCGCUUUUUUCUUUCAUUUUACCACCGACUGCGGCUGUUUUGACUAUUGUGACUACCUACUGACUACUGUGACUAUCUUUGGUUUUUCUUCUCGAUUUGAUACUCCUUGUUUUUGUCCUGGUUUUUGGGUUCUAUUUUGUCUUGGUUGUUCUUGUUUCUCUUGCAUAGUUGAUAUCCUUUUCUUAAUGCAAACCGGC